GAACACACCCUAUGUUAUCUGCACAAAAGCAGUAUAAAAGAGAGUGUAAAAGUACUACAUAUUGUUAGUUGUAUGAUAAUGUAGUAAUUUUCUAGACUUGGAGAAAGUAAAAGCCUCCCAUUUAGCUAGAUUAUUGACUGAAAUUGACCAAAGUAUCUUAAACCAGUGUACAUCAAUUUGGUUAGAUUACAGAUCAACAAGCAUAGCAAAUGCACUAACACUUGACAACUACAUUAACAUCUGGUUGCAUUAGUAGUUAAAACAACCUACAUUUUUCAUGUCUCACAACAUAGGUUUGCUCUCAAUAACUCCUGCAUACAUAUUGUUUAUCUAGUAAGACUUUUACCUUAGUGUUGUUAUUUUAGUAACACUUUUACCUUAGUGUGUUAAUUUGUUCAUACUUGUGCGUAGACUUCAGAGGCUAUUCCAGUGGUGAUUAGUAUAAUUGACAGUAGAGUUUGGCUAUAUGGGAAAGACAAUUCAGGUUUUCGGAUUCCCUUAUCUUGUGUCUGCAGAAGUGGUCAAGUUAUUCUUAGAGAAACAUACAGGAAAUGGAACUGUGUAUGCAUUGGAGGUUAAACAGACGAAAGGAGGACCUAGAGCAUUUGCCAUAGUUCAAUUUACCAACAGCAGAAGCGCGGAUAUUGUCAUCAAUUUGGCUAGUCAGAGGCUGUAUUUUGGCUCUUCUUAUUUGAAGGCUUGGGAAAUGAAAACUGAUAUUGUCCAACUGAGGACGUAUGUGCAGCGCACGGAUGGCAUCACUUUGAAUUUUGGAUGUCAGAUAUCAGACGACAAGUUUGCAGUGUUGGGAAGUAGUAGACAAGUUUCAAUUAAAUUUGGCGUUGGAUUGAAGAGAAUUUACUUCCUUUUAUCUGGUGGUUCAGUUGAUUAUAAACUUCAGCUUUCAUAUGAAAAUAUAUGGCAAAUUGUGCUUCAUCAUCCAUAUGGUCAGAAUGCUCAGUUUCUCCUCAUACAGGUAAGUAUUCAAACCUUUAGCUAUUCUUUUUAUCUUUGA